AUGUACACCAUUUUUGCGCUAGCCUGCUUCUUCGCUUCUGUGGUGGCCGCUCCAAGUGGCUAUGGAGGAUACGAGCUAGGGGCAAUCGACAGCUAUUCUGCACCACGCUAUGAAUUCAACUACGCUGUGAAUGAUCCCCAAACUGGUGACAAUAAAGCACAAUCUGAAGUACGAGACGGCGAUGCGGUGAAGGGCUCGUACUCACUCACCGAGCCCGACGGUACCCUGCGAGUCGUCGAGUACACCGCAGACUCCGCACGAGGCUUCAACGCAGUCGUCAAACGUAUCGGCAAAGCAUCCCAUCCACAAACUAUAAUCGCCCCAGUAAUCUCUAAACAAAUUGUUGAACCAGUCUAUCAACAGAUCGCUGCUCCUGUUGCUCCCGUUUUAAAUGAUGCUUACUCCAGUAGUUUGCUCGGCUAUGGAGGAUAUGAUAACGGACUAGGAUCUGGUCUGGGAUGGGGAUCAGGUCUGGGGUUGGGAUCGGGUCUGGGAUUGGGAAACCUGUGGGACGGUGGUCUUGACUACGGAAGUUGGAAACAU